GCUUGACAACGAAGAAAGGCGGGGUGAAAAGUGGCGAUCGCAGCAGCAGAACCCUGCCCACGGCAUCCCGCCGCCAUCACUCGCGAUUUUUUGCAUGCAGCACGGGAGUUCGGAGGGAGAAAAAAAAAGAGCGGGGAGGACGACAGACAGCCCGCCAACGGCAGGCAGGCAGAUAGGCAGACAGCCCGGCAGACACACAAGAGAAACGGAGAGUGCGACAUCAGAGGCAGGCGGGCAGGGAGAAGGGCCACCUACAGCUUGACCAUGGGAGAGAGAGAGAAUAGGUACUAGGGGUGGAUAGGAAGUUAGAAUCUGAAUUUCCUUAGGGGUAGUCUAUCGAGGCGGCCAUUUGUACAGUCAUCAGUACCGGUGAACAACGCUUGCCCUUCGGCUUGGGGCGGUGGUGGGGACCAGGGGGUGGGGCGGGGGCGGUGGCGGUGGAGGUGGAGGUGGAGGAGGUGGACUCCUUCCCAAAUGAGCAACUGGACCAAGCAGUACGCCAUCGCUGCGCUUGGAUUGAAGCUUCAGCCUGAGCCUGAACUCAAUCUCUCAGCAGGCUGUCUUGAUCAAUGCUGCUGCGUCUCUAGUUCUGCGGCGUUGCCGCGCCAGUCUUCUACCGUAACUACACACGGCGAAGAAUACUAUCCUGUUGUGGACUGUUCUCAUUUCCUUUAUAUGCUCUUAACAAAAAACCCUUUUUUCAUUGUGCGAGACAAGAGGGAGAUGCCGAUGCGUGAUCGCGCUUCUAUCCUAUCCCUUCCUCUCUCUCUUUCUCCCUUCUCUCUCUCUCUCUCUCUCUCUCUCUCUCUCUCUCUCUCUCUCUCUCUCUCUCUCUCUCUCUCUCUCUCUCUCUCUCUCUGUGGCUUGCCCACUUCAGAGGUAAGUCACUGAUAUAAAACCACGAUAUGAGCCAAUCCAGCUUCCGCGACAGGACCUACGCCAAACCGUAGGUGCUUCCGUGCCGUGGUGAGUUGAUAACAGAAUCAGCAGGUGUACUCCUUGUAUCUGGUUGCCACGUCAGCUCCAUUUAUCACCCCUCUUCUUCUCGUCCUACGCGGCUGUCCUGGAUUGACUCAGAUCCUCCUCCUCCUCCUCCUCCUCCUCCUCCUCUUCUUCUUCUUCUUCUUCUUCUUCUUCUUCUUCGUCGUCGUCGUCGUCAUCGUCGCCGCCAUCUCCUUGUGCUUCCCGGGGCAGUUCAUGGGGCCCUAGUUCCUGGGAGAUUCGGGGAUCUUCUUCUUCGGAAUCCCAUUAAAAUUUUCCACACACAGAGAGAGAGAGAGAGAGAGAGAGAGAGAGAGAGAGAGAGAGAGAGAGAGAGAGAGAGAGAGAGAGAGAGAGAGAGAGAGAGAGAUUGGCAACUCCAUCUUGUCGUUGGUUACUCGUUCUCUGCUGGAACUGAAGAGGAGGAAAAUGAGGAAGAUGAGGAAGUCGGGACAUUGCUCGAUUAGGAAAUUGCUCACAGCACGAUGGGCAUCGAUCGUUGCUUUACUCUGUUGGGUAAUGUCGUAUACGCCGCCCUCGGCAAAUAAAGCUGGGGGCUUGGCUGAUUUGCAGCAGGGAAGAGGGUACCCGCUCUUCUUUGCGAUGGCGCAGGACGACGGGAUUACUGGCACGCCCGCCGUCGUCACCUCCUCCUCCUCCUCCUCCUCCCCUCCUUCCACCGCCGCGCAAUGGGGUUCUGACGGUGAUGCCGACGGAGGUAUGGGCGUCUCCUCAUCCUCCUCCUCCUUCUCUCCUAAUGAGGACGAUGACUUCGACGCUGGUCCGUCUCUGUCUUCCCGCGCUUCUCCUUCACUUCAAUCGGGUGAUGACGACGAUAUGGAGGGCGGGUCUGAGCCCGAGCCCACCAUUUCGAGCAGUCGCAAGAGAAUUCCGCCGGUUUCUUUGCCAAGUGCGUUCGGUUCACGUUCGCCGUUACCGAUCGGCCCGCUCCUGAGUUGGCCGCCCGUUUCUUCCGCCCGGUCCUCUGCGCCGUCCGCCAUGCGCUCAUCAUCCCCCGAUUCCGCCCCUUCGUCAUCGGACGAGACCGAUUUGCUUCCGCAGGGUUCCGACGAUGGGAGCGCAUCACCGCCCGCUGUUUCUCGUCCCUCGACGAGCACUCCCGUCGCUUCCUGCGGCAGGUUUACCGUGUUUCCCGUCGGCGAAGGGCUCAUGUUCGACGCCACUGCCGAGUUACACGUCACCACCUUCGAUGACUUGACUGCACUCGAGAUGGACAAUGCCACGAUGUACAUAAAUGGGACCAGCUACGUCUCGCUGAAUGGUACGGUGGGGCCCAAUACCGGGAUACUGGCAGCAGGCUGGGGAAUACAGGCCACCUUCCGUAAAGGGUAUUGCUUACCAGAUGGGUCGCCGGGGGAGCCGUAUCGAUUUCGAGGCCGUCACGGUAUCGAG